CCUGGUCUCUUUUGGUUCAUUUGUCUUCUAGCACCAGCUCCUUCCAAAAAAAGAUUAUUUGUUGCUAACAAAACUCAACUUGAAUGUCACAUUUUGUAUUUCUUUUAACCUUUUCUCACCCUCUCUGAUUCGGAUCCUGUUAAUCAGAGAUUGAAAGGGGAAUGGAGAUCUUCCAAAGGGCCUAUGUGGUGCGUUUGAGGAGCCACCAUGACAAAUACUUGAUCGCCGACGACGAUGAAGAAACUGUUCGUCAAGAUCGUAAUGGGUGCUACAAGAACGCUAAAUGGAACGUGGAGAUCGUCGAGAAUUCCAAUUGCUUACGAUUCAAGAGCUGUUACGGAAAAUACUUGACCGCCUCCAAUUUGCCAUUCAUAUUUGGGUCUGGAGGCAAGAAAGUGCUCCAAACUCUUCCCAGAAGAUUAGAUUCCUCCCUCGAAUGGGAACCAAUCAGAGAGGGCGUUCAGGUGAGACUCAGGACCCGUUAUGGCCAAUUCCUGCGUGCCAACGGAGGACUACCUCCAUGGAGGAACUCCGUCACCCACGACAUCCCUUACAGAAAUACGACUCAGGAUUGGAUUCUCUGGGAUGUCGACGUCGUCGAGAUUCGCUUGCAACAAGUUCAGCAACAUCCCAAACAGCGACCUCGUCCCAAGCCUAUUGCCCCGCCCCAUCGUUCCGUGAAUCCAGCCCCAACCAAUACUUCUGCUUCCGUUUCGGGUGGUGACAACUUCUCCAAAAUUGAGCUCAGGUCUCCAAAAACAACUGAGGUGAAAGAGUUGGAGGAAUACGCGCUAUCGCCAAAGAAAGAAGGGAGGACAAUUUUUUAUGAAGUGGGGGAUGAAAAUGGGGAUGUUGAGCCUGGAAAGGAGAAGUUCUUCACAUUCAAGGGAAGUUCUGUGAAUGAGUUGAAGGAAAAGCUGAAGGAAGAAACGGGGCAUGAUGAUAUUCUUGUGUGUUCCCGUAAUCCUUUGAAUGGGAAGCUAUAUCCCCUUCGCUUACACCUACCACCCCACAAUUCUGAUAUGCAUGUCAUCGUCGUUCCUUCCACAUUCCAAGCGUAAUUGCUCUGAGCAAUAGUCGGCCUAAGGAUGCCAGGCAUUUCAUCAGCACUGCUAUCAUAGGAGUCUGCAGCUCAUUCAGAAGUUGAAAUGUGACAUUUGCCAGAUGCAAAACUGCAAGGUAACACAUCACAAAGCAACUGGACCAUUCAAUCACCUGUAAAUCCAACAAUGCUUUCCAAGUUGGUGCAGGACUAAGCCAUUUGAGAUGCAAACGCAGAGUGAUAUUUUUUAUGAAUUUAUCUUUCUUCUCAAAUUCUGUACUAAAAAAAAAAUCUAUGGGGUUUUCUCAUCUGAUAAUUUUUACCACUCAUUUUAUUCAUUAGAUGAAUAGCCAAGAAAGCACAGAUCGGUCUUAGUAAGUGAAAUAAUUGUUGCCUCAAGCAAUGUUAAGAGAAAAGCCUACGUGUGCAAGAUGUAUGUCUCUGAUGUAUAUUCUGUUACAAAAUUAAUUCAAGAUAUGUCUAUGAACUGAACAAUGGGAAAAAAUAUUGAGCAUGUGAUGCAAUUUACAAGAGAUAAAAUGCCUUUAAAUUUCUAAAAUUGUAAGCAACAGACAAUAUCUUGAAAAGGAAAGAGAGGCAAGUAGGCAACUAUAGUAAAUGUCAUGACCAAAUUCACAAGGAUGCUAACUAUCUGAUAUAAGGAUCAUGUUGGAAACACUACUGAAGUGUGGAUAAGGAAUUCGUGACGGGGGCGAAUCCUAUGCGGGGAGGAUC